ACCAACAAAGAUACGUCACCAGUGAUAUGACACGAUAAUGCGGCACUACCUGUUACAGAAAAACUACACAAUACAAAUGUUCGCUAAACAGCUGAUUAUAUAGGUCAUAGAAAGAAACCGAUUUAUUUUAACUUUUUAGUGGUUAAUAUUUUGAAUAUUCGUCAGAAUCAUGUAUUUCAGAGUAAUCGUGAAAAACUGUUCUCUUAUUUAUUAUCAAAGACAACGUGAAUUUUGUAAGCUUAGGAAAUAUGGUAUUGCCUUCACGGGAGCCCUUGCCUUUUUCACCUCCAAAGAAAAAAUCAACGCCAAUGAAUUCAUGGCUCUACCUGUAACUUCUAUAGACAAGCUCUCUGCAAAUCCUGAUGACAUGAAAACCAAAAUGGAACUAAUGAUAAUGAGGGUACAGAAAGACUUUUGCAAUGCUCUUGAAGUCGAAGAAAACUGCAACAAAUUCAUUGUUGAUCGAUGGGAGAGAAAAGAAGGUGGUGGUGGAAUUACUUGUGUGCUACAGGAUGGAAAGGUAUUCGAGAAAGCCGGAGUGAAUAUAUCUGUUGUUUCGGGUAGUUUGCCUCCAGGUGCUAUAAGUCAAAUGCGGUCGAGAGGUAAAAAACUAGAAGAGGGGGAUUUACCAUUUUUCGCUGCAGGUAUAAGUGCCGUCAUUCACCCUGUGAACCCUAUGGUUCCAACCAUUCAUUUCAAUUACCGAUACUUUGAAGUUAAGAGUGGUGAAGAAACCCAGUGGUGGUUUGGUGGCGGAACUGAUUUAACUCCUUAUUACCUGAAUACUGCAGAUGCCAUACAUUUCCACCAAACUCUCAAAGAUGCUUGUGAUAAAACCAAUAAGGCUUAUUACCCUAGGUUCAAAAAAUGGUGUGAUGAUUACUUUAAUAUUACUCACCGAGGAGAAAGAAGAGGUGUAGGAGGAAUAUUUUUCGACGAUUUAGAUACACCAAAUCAGGAUGAGUGUUUCAAGUUUGUUACUGACUGUGCCAAUGCCGUGAUUCCAUCAUAUAUUCCCUUAGUACAACGACACAAAUUGUCAAAAUACACGAAUGUAGAAAGAGAGUGGCAACUCAUCAGAAGAGGUCGGUAUGUCGAGUUUAACUUGAUAUAUGACAGAGGAACCAAAUUUGGCUUAUACACGCCUGGAGCAAGAUAUGAAAGUAUUCUGAUGUCUCUACCUUUACAUGCACGUUGGGAAUACAUGCAUACACCUGAAAAAAAUACUCCAGAGCAUGACCUCCUUGAAGUCCUUAGAAAUCCCAAAGAUUGGGUGGAUUGUGAAUAUGAAGAUAAUAAAUAAUGAAAACCUAUUGCUUUUAUUUGUAUUACUGUUUGGAAUAAAAAUCUGUUAUGUUUUA